AUGUCUUUCGGAAAGCUUUACGGUCUCCCCGAGAACGGGCGCACCCUCUCCAUCCUGGUCGCUGCCAAGCACAACGACCUGGACAUUGAGCUGGUUCAGACCCAGCCCAAUGCCUCUGCCAACGUCAGCAACGCUGCGUACCGCAAGAUCCAGCCCCUUGGCAAGAUUCCUGCUUUCGAGGGUGCCAACGGCUUCAACCUGUCCGAGGUUAUUGCCAUCGCUAUCUAUGUGACCUCCCAGAAUGAGAAGACCACCCUCCUUGGCAAGACCAAGCAGGACUAUGCUUCCAUCGUCCGCUGGAUGUCCUUCGCCAACGGCGAGGCCCUCCCCCGCCUUGCUGCCUGGUACCGCCCCCUCAUGGGUCUUGAGGGCUACAACAAGAAGGUUGUUGACGAGGCUGUUAAGGCUGCCGUCAACACCCUUGCCGUUUUCGAGAACCACCUCACCGAGAACACCUACCUUGUUGGCGAGCGUAUCACCCUUGCUGAUAUCUUCGCUGCUGCUCUCCUGACCCGUGCUUUCGCCACCGUUCUGGACAAGAAGUACCGCGAGGAGAACGUCGCUUUCACCCGCUGGUACAACACCAUCAUUAACCAGGCCGCUUUCAAGGCUGUCUGCCCCGAGCCUAAGUUCGCUGAGGAGUGCAUCAAGUACACUCCCCCCAAGAAGGAGGAGAAGCCCAAGCCUGCUGCCGCUGCCGCUCCCGCUGCCGCCGCUGAGGAGAAGCCCGCUGAGGCCCCUAAGCCCAAGCACCCUCUCGAGGCUCUUGGCAAGCCUACCCUCGCUCUUGACGAGUGGAAGCGCCAGUACUCUAACAACGACACUCGCGAGGUCGCCAUGCCCUGGUUCUGGCAGAACUUCAACGCCGAGGAGUACUCCCUCUGGAAGGUUGACUACAAGUACAACGACGAGCUGAAGCUCACCUUCAUGGCCAACAACCUGAUCGGUGGUUUCCAGGCCCGUCUUGAGGCUUCUCGCAAGUACCUCUUCGGUUGCCAGGGUGUCUACGGUGUCAACUACGCCUGUGUCGUCAAGGGUGUCUACAUGGUCCGCGGCCAGGAGUGGGAGCCUGCCUUCACUGUCGGCCCCGACUGGGAGGGUUACGAGUACACCAAGCUCGACCCCACCUCCGAGGCUGACCGCAAGUACAUUGAGGACAUCUGGGCCUGGGAUGCCCCCGUCGUCGUUGACGGCAAGACCCUCGAGAUGGCUGACGGUCACGUCUUCAAAUAA